AUGGCGAAGCAUGCCGAAGCCUUCGAGGAGAUCAGUCGGCUACCCGGGCUGGUGCAUGUGAAGGUGACGGACCGAGAGGAGCCCUAUGCCGUGCCAGCCAGCCUCCUGACGCUGAGCUCCGACGUUUGGAGGUGUGAGCUGACCGGAGGCUUCAUGGAGGGCGAGACGAAGGAGCUGCCUUUGGAUGUGACGGCUGGGGAGUUCGAGGUGGUGCUCGACUUCCUCCUGCCUGCGGCCGCGUCGAAAAGGGCGGUGGAUGCAACGAACCUCGAGCUGCUGAUGACACUCUCCUGGAAGUAUGACCUACAGGGCCUGAAGCUCAAGUGCAUGAACUUCAUCGGCAAUGAGGUCAUCUCGGCUCAUAACGUGGAGCGCCGCCUGUACUACGGCAUCAAGUAUCAGGAGUCGGCAGACAAGAACUUCUUCAAGACAGAUCUCGGUAAGAGCAAAGACUUCCUUGCGGCAAAGUUCUUCGAGGUCGACGGACGGGCCUGUCUUCGACGCGUUCGAAAACGGAUUCAGGAAGAAGCCGCAAAGAUCUCGGCAGCCACUUCCCCUCUGACGGACCUCUAUGCAGAUGUCGUUGAAGAUGUCCUCCACGCGGUGCGAACCCGUGGCCUUUCGGCGGUCGCUUCCUACAACAACACUGGGACCGGGCAACUGCGACGCCGAAUCGAAGUUGAGAUGCCUCAUGUGCACAAGUUCCUCAAAAGAUCUGAGGACGGCUGA